UCUGUUAUCAUUUCCCCUUGCUUCACAGUCUGCCGAUAGUGUCGGGAUUGAUCAAAAACACAUCAAAGUGUGAACAUCCCUCUGUGUUUUUGACAGAAUCAUUCGCGUGUUUCUUUGGAUCAUGCUGGAGGACUCCAACACACUCCAUCCCAUCAUCAGCGCAUGACAGUCGCGCUCAGAUCAGCUGAAGCGGUCAUAAAUGCCCUGGGCUUCCUGUUUGAGGUCUUCCUCUUCUUCAUCACUUUAAGCAGUCGUCUGAGGAUGUGUCUGCUUUGUUUAUCAUUCACUGCUCUCCAUGGCUGUUUCAGGUAGGAAGUGCGUAUCGGGACGUCACUGAGGAGUGAUGCCUGUUGAAAGUGGAAACAGCGCAGCCGCCCGUCAAGUCAAACAGAAGCGCAAAUCGCACAGUCUCUCCAUUCGGAGGACCAACAGCACCGAGCAGGACAGGACAGGCAUGCAGAGAGACAUGCUGGAAGGACAGGACUCCAAGUUGCCGAUGGCUUUAAGGAGUAACUUACUGGACCUGUUCGGACAAAUCGAGCGAGAGUUUGAAAAUCUCUACAUCGAAAACUUGGAAUUGCGGAGAGAGAUCGAAUCGCUAAAUGAGCGUCUGUCAGGAGAAGGACAGACAGUCGAGGGUGGUGAUCUGAGCAAAGGAGCCCUGAAAACUAAAGCUAGUCACAGCACAAGUCAACUGUCCCAAAAGUUGAAGACGACAUACAAGGCCUCCACUAGCAAGCGCUCAAAUUCUUUCCCGGGGAAAGUAGGUGGACCUCGCAACUUCAAUGUGGGGAACUGGGAGUUAUGGGGUGGAGACUCAUGGAUUGUGUCCAGUUUCAAAGCAACCACAUCGCGCGCAGUGUGUCAGCUGGUCAAGGAGUAUGUGGGACACCGGGACGGGAUAUGGGAUUUGGCUGUGACUCGGGUUCAACCGCUAGUUCUGGGCACUGCUUCUGCUGAUCACUGCUCUAUGCUGUGGAGUAUUGAGACCGGGAAGUGUCUACUAAAAUACGCUGGUCACGCUGGAUCAGUGAACUCCAUUAAGUUCCAUCCCACAGAGCAGAUGGCGCUUACAGCGUCCGGGGACCAGACGGCUCACAUCUGGCGUUACAUGGUACAGCUGCCACUUCCACAGCCUCCAGCAGACAUCAGCGCCUCGCUGGACGAUGACGUGGAUUUCUCUGAUAAAGACGAGGCAGACGGCGACGCUGAUGGACCCAAUGAAUGCCCCACCAUCCGCGUGGCCACAACCACCUUGAAGAGCCACCAAGGCGUGGUGAUCGCCGCUGAUUGGCUGGUGGGAGGAAAGCAGGUGGUCACUGCGUCCUGGGACAGAGCCGCAAACCUGUACGAUGUGGAGACCUCGGAGCUGGUGCACACCCUGACAGGUCACGAUCAGGAGUUGACCCACUGCUGCACUCAUCCGACUCAGCGUCUGGUGGUCACUUCAUCCAGAGACACCACCUUCCGCCUGUGGGACUUCAGAGAUCCCUCCAUCCACUCAGUCAAUGUCUUCCAGGGCCACACCGACACCGUGACGUCAGCUGUGUUCACCGUGGGAGACAACGUGGUGUCUGGAAGUGACGAUCGCACCGUCAAGGUGUGGGACUUGAAGAACAUGAGAUCUCCGAUUGCCACCAUCCGCACCGACUCGGCUGUUAAUAGGAUAAGUGUCUCUGCGAACCAAAGAAUCAUUGCUUUGCCACAUGACAACCGUCAGGUCAGGCUGUUUGACAUGAAUGGGGUUCGUCUGGCUCGUCUGCCACGCAGCAACAGACAGGGUCAUCGUCGUAUGGUGUGCUGCUCAGCCUGGAAUGAAGAAAACCAGGCCUGUAAUCUGUUCACCUGUGGCUUCGACCGGCAGGCCAUCGGCUGGAACAUCAACAUCCCUGCACUCCUGCAGGAGAAGUAAAUCCUUCAUCAUCCAAUCAGGCCUUGAGGUGCCAGGAAGACUGGUGUAUUUCAUGGAUAUUGUGCAUAUCUAGGUCAUAUAGUGUGGUGAACUUCCUGACAGUCUUGUUACCCCAUGUUUGCAUGAUUCAGAUCGGGACACUGCCGAAAACAUUUCUGUUACAGUCUAUUUUUUUGGUUGUUGUUGUGCAAUGUUCAGUUUGUACAGAAUACUUUUUAUUUUAUGAUCACAUUUUAGAUCGUUUCGUUUUGUAUAGAUUUCUGCUUUGCUUUUUAUAGAGAUGAGACGCGAGAAGAAACGUAGAGCACUCUGCCUUUUGUGAGCGGAAAAUCGGCAAUCGCAUUUACGGAACCGCACCUUCUGAUUGCCGCUCAAGCAGCCAAUCGGCUUCAUUUCAGUAUUUCCGCAGUCCAUUUGCAUGACAAACCCAGCUUUCUGUCAGGUAUGUGAAGCCAAAUGCUGUAUAAUUGCUGUGUGAUCGCCAGAAAAGCUGAUUUUUGUAAGUAUCGUGACUGUUUAUGAAGCCUCGCGUUUGAUGUUUACUUCCAUUCGAAGAGUUGUGUAGAAGUAAGUGUGUGAAUCGUUCUACACAUCUGGAUUCAGAACAAAUUCACGUUGCUGUAGUUUGUUCCAUAUUGCGAGUUUGCUCCAUAUAGUAGUAUUUUCCUCAAUAAUAAUCGGACCAAAUGUGGAUGCCUUGCACAGUACUGAUUAAGAGGCUUUCUGAUGUAUUUUGGACUCCUCGUGAUGUUAUAACCACUGUGCUUAGCCGUAUCUACAGAGACUUCACUCAGACAAUGUUAGACAUGAAUAAUCAUGGAAGUUUCUACAUUGGUGUGUUACAAUCGGUAUCGUUACUGCAUUGCUGGACUUUCACCCGAACUACACUGGACUCAUUACUGAUGGAAAGCCAUUCACGUAGGCAGUCUGUUAAAUCUGUAAGGUCGAACAAUGAAAGAUGUUUAUUAUGCAAUGUAUAUUUGUGACGUCCAUGCUGAAUGGACUGUAUUUGAGUUUAGAGUUUAAGUGUACGCUGAAUCGCUUGAUCCAGUGGUCAAUCAUAAAUGACCCUUCAGGAUGUCCUUUAAAUCGAGUCGGAUCUCCAACAUUUUAGUUGUGUAAACUGGGUAUAAUGUUCUGUGGGUUUUCUGUAUUGAGCCAUUAUUUUUUUUUAUUUGCUGUAUUGAAAAGACAAAGCAUCAUAUACUCACAAUGUAGAUGCGUAGAUUCAAUAAAGUCACUCACUGCUGGGCUUCAAAUAAAAAGUGAAAAUGUC